CUUGUUUUUUUUUUUUUUUUUUUUUUUUUUUUUUUUUUUGCAGCCGCUGCCCUUUUGCCUUUGUCCUUUCCAGGGGGGAUGUACCUCCUCUCGAACUAAGUUCUCUUCGUCGUGAAAUUCCGGCUUGUCGUUUAUAUUUAUCUGACAUCGUGCGUUCGAGCCCCCGCACUAUAACUUCCAGCCUCCGAGGUUUUCGUCCAGUUUAAAAAGUGGCGGUGAAUUGUGAUUAUUUAUAAAGAAAUUAAAUAAUUUUUUUAAUAAACAAGGGGAAUUUUUCUUUGAAAUUUGACCCGGCUUGGGCGUCGUAAGGAGGACGGGGACAAGCCUAGGGGCGGUGUGUAGGCCCGACGCUGCAUCGAGCGUAGUCUAAUAACUUUACAUAGAUAACGGUAACGGUAAUUCCAAACGGUGCUGAAAAAUACCCACAGUUCCUGCAAACAAAACAAAAGCAUCAUUUCAUUUCAUUUCCACUCGAAGAAUCAUUCUCCAGAGUGUGUGAAAAUAUGGUGAACUUCAUGCUGUACAUCACUGCAGAGCUCGAAAAUCUCACAAACUUUCAGCCAAAAGGCGGUGUUGAUGAUCCUAACUUCACCUACUACUUCAAGUUGAAGUGUGAAAACUGUGGUGAGGUGACUGAUAAAGAGACAUGUGUAAGCCUGAGCGAGGAACUUCCUCUGGUAAAAAAGGGCACCACCAAUCUUAUCCAAAAGUGUAAGUUCUGUAAAAGGGAAGGAACUGUUACUAUGAUCCCGGGCCGAGGCUCUCCGCUUACUCAUGAAGACAGUGAGACCGGAAAGCAUGCUCCGUUAAUGGUAUUUGACUGCAGGGGUUUUGAACCGUUGGAUUUUGCAUUCAGCAGUGGAUGGAAAGCUGAAUCUCUUGAAGGAACCAAGUUUGAGGAUAUUAAUCUGGAUGGAGGGGACUUUGCUGAGUAUGACGAGAAGGGCGAAUGUGGGGUGAUGAUCUCUAACGUGCGUUCAAUGUUCAAAGUGGUUGACUUGAGUAAGAAAAAUCUCUAGAUAAGUAAUGUCUUUCGACAUAUGCAUUGGAACUGAUAAUUUGCAGACUUGUGAAUUCUCUGCUGUUGACUUGAACUUGCGGUUCUCGUUUUAUGAUGUAAAAAAAAAGCUGGCAACUGUUGACGCGAGUGUUAUGUGUGAUGAAUGAUCUCUUUAGGGUCGAAUUGCUUAGCUUGCUUGA